AUGCUGCAGCUGAGCCUGUCCUGGCUGGGCCUGGGGCCGGUGGCAGCCUCCCCGUGGCUGCUUCUGCUGCUGGUUGGAGCCACCUGGCUCCUGGCUCGUGUCCUGUCCUGGACCUACGCCUUCUAUGACAACUCUCGCCGCCUCCAAUGUUUCCCUCAGCCCCCAAAACGGAACUGGUUUUGGGGUCACCUGGGCCUGAUCAACUACACGGAGGAGGGCUUGAAGAAAGUGGCUCAACUGGUGGCCAACUACCCCCAGGGAUUUAAGAGGUGGCUGGGGCCAACCUUCCCCCUCAUUACUUUGUGCCACCCUGACAAUGUCCGGCCUGUCAUUAAUGCUUCAGCCACCAUCGUAUACAAGGACAAGGUCUUCUACGGCUUCUUGAAACCCUGGCUGGGGGAUGGGCUGCUGCUGAGUGCUGGUGACAAGUGGAGCCACCACCGCCGCCUGCUGACACCCGCCUUCCACUUCAACAUCCUGAAGCCCUAUGUGAAGAUUUUCAACCACAGUGUGAACGUCAUGCACGCCAAGUGGCAGCGCCUGGUCUCAGAGGGCAUCACCCGUCUGGACAUGUUUGAGCACAUCAGCCUCAUGACCCUGGACAGUCUCCAGAAAUGUGUCUUCAGCUUCGACAGUAAUUGUCAGGAGAGUCCCAGUGAAUAUAUUGCCGCCAUCUUGGAUCUCAGCGCCCUCAUAGUGAAACGGCACCAGCAGAUCUUCCUGCACACGGACUUCCUGUACCACCUCACUCCUGAUGGCCGUCGCUUCCGCAGGGCCUGUGACCACGUGCACAACUUCACGGACACCAUCGUUCGUGAAAGACGCCGCACCCUCAUGAGCCAGGGUAUUGAUGACUUCCUCAGGGCCAAAGCCAAGUCCAAGACUUUGGACUUCAUUGAUGUGCUCCUGCUGACCAAGGAUGAAGAUGGGAAGGAGUUGUCAGAUGAGGACAUACGAGCAGAGGCUGAUACCUUCAUGUUUGGGGGUCAUGACACCACGGCCAGUGGACUGUCUUGGAUCCUGUACAACCUUGCAAGGCACCCAGAAUACCAGGAGCGCUGCCGGCAGGAGGUGCGAGAGCUCCUGAGGGACCGCGAGCCUAAAGAGAUCGAGUGGUGA